UAGAACAACAUGUUGGCUAUCCUUUCUUCUUCUAACAUUAGGAUGAACGCAACAAACAUUCAUCCUACCAACGAUUUUGGUAAAAGAUACAUAUCUAAAGCUAAUAUGUUCCUUUCUUCUUUUAAGAAGAAGGGGAAAAAUGGUUGUGUUAUGAAAUCUUCCAUGGCCAAAGAGGAUUUUGUAGUUGAGCAGGUAAGAGUUGAGGGAUCUGCAUUGUUAAACUUAACAGCGACCGUUAGCAUCAAGAUAAGCAAUGAGGUUGAUGUGGUUAAGACGAUGAUGAAGCUCCCUAAUUUAUAUUCAAAAGAUUUUUUCACAACCAACGAGGCGUCUGAGAAGAAGGGUAUCAAUUUUCAACUUGUUAGCACUCAACUAGAUCCAAGUACCAUGAAUCCAAAGGUGAGCAAGGAGUGUAUAAAAGAGUGGUCCAAAAUUGCAACUCCUGAAGGUAAUGGUAAAGGGCGUUUCUGCUUUAAAGUUGAGUUGGUAAUUGAUACAAACUUUGGAGAACCAGGGGCCAUGUUGGUAAGACACAAUUGUGACAAGGAAUUAUAUUUGGAGACUAUCUCUAUCGAAAACUUUUUCCACUUUUCAUGCAACUCCUGGAUUCAACCAUCUAAGAAUAGCAAUGAAAAAAGAAUAUUCUUUUCCAACAAGGCAUAUUUACCAAGUCAAACACCAAAGGGGCUACAACAUUUGAGAGCAGUGGAAUUAAGGAAUUUGUGUGAUGGAGGAAAUGGACUAAGAUUACCAGCAGAUAGAAUAUAUGAUUAUGACACAUAUAAUGAUGUUGGAAAUCCUGAUAAAGGACCUGAACAUGCAAGGCCAGUAUUAGGAGGCGAAAAAAAUCCACAUCCCAGACGUUGUCGUACAGGACGCCCAUCCACUCUUACAGAUGCAAGUGCGGAAAAGCCAGUGGACACGUUGACAUCUUCUAUAUACGUACCAAGAGAUGAAGCUUUUGAGGAGACAAGGCGCACAGAAAUUUCCAUUGGAAAAUUGAAGGGAGUGCUUCGCAACAUUCCACCCAUAGUGACCACUCCCUCCAAAAAGGAUAGAGUUUCUAUUGAUUUAGCUGAUUUAAAAGGCCUUUAUAAGGAUGCACCACAACUUGAUCAGACAAGUUCAGAUAAUUAUAACCUUUUAAAGUUUUUGGGUGUUAAUGGAUCUAUCAAAGAGAUAUUUCAGUUUGAAACUCCAAAAAACAUGUCAUGGGACACAACAAGCUAUAUACGAGAUGAUGAACUUGGCCGCCAAACACUUGCAGGGACGAACCCUACUAGCAUAGAGAGGUUAAAGGUAUUUCCCCCUGUGAGCAAACUUGAUCCUUCAAAGUAUGGACCGCUGGAAUCAGAUCUUAAAGAAGAAAAUAUUAUAAGUCACCUAAACGGCAUGUCGGUACAACAGGCCAUGGAUGAAGGAAAACUCUUCAUAUUGGAUUACCACGACAUUUACCUUCCCUUUCUAGAGAGGAUAAAUACUCAAGAAGAUCGCAAAUCAUAUGGGACCCGUACAAUAUUUGUCUUGACAACAAUAGGGACUUUAAAGCCCAUUGCAAUUGAGCUUAGCCUUCCUCCUAAGGACAACAAUAUUCCAUUGAAGCAAGUUCUCACUCCUCCUGUGGAUGCAACCACAAAUUGGCUUUGGCAACUAGGAAAAGCUCAUGUAUGCUCUAAUGACGCGGGUGUUCACCAACUAGUUAAUCAUUGGUUGCGAACUCAUGCAUGUAUGGAACCAUUUAUAAUUGCUACUCACCGUAACUUGAGCAAAUUGCAUCCUAUUUUCAAGCUGCUUCGUCCCCACCUAAGGUAUACGCUUGCAAUAAAUGCGGCAGCACGCGAAAGCCUUAUUUGUGCAAAUGGGAUAAUUGAGAGUCACUUCUCUUCUGGAAAAUACAGUAUGCAGAUGGCUUGUGCCGCUUAUCAUGAUUGGUGGCGCUUUGACUUAGAAGGCCUUCCAAAAGAUUUAAUACGACGAGGAAUGGCACUCCCAGACCAGAAAAUGCCCCAUGGACUAAAGUUAGCCAUUGAAGAUUACCCAUAUGCUAAUGACGGGCUUCUCCUUUGGUCUGCAAUUGAAGAGUUAGUACAUACAUACGUAAAUCAUUACUAUCCUAACAACGAUACAGUAACAUCUGACACCGAGCUUCACUCAUGGUACAACGAAGCCAUUAAUGUGGGGCACGCUGAUCUUAGUGAUGCUAAUUGGUGGCCGGAAAUAACCACUCCCAAUAAACUUUCAGAGAUACUGACCGUAUUAAUAUGGACUUCAUCUGCAUAUCAUGCGGCAAUCAACUUUGGACAGUACCACUAUGGUGGAUAUGUCCCAAAACGCCCACCACUUAUGCGAAAGCUUAUACCCGAACGACAUGACCCAGAGUAUGAAAGCUUUGUAGCUAACCCAGAAGACUAUUACCUAGAAUCUCUGCCUACUUUGUUUCAAACAACACAAUAUAUGGCUGUAAUUGAUAUAAUCUCUGCACACUCACAUGAUGAGGAGUAUCUUGGAGACAUGAAGGAAAUUGGUACUAAUUGGCCAGGUGAAUCCAAGAUUGUUGAGGCAUUUUAUACAUUUUCAAUGAAACUUAAAAGAAUAGAAAAUGAGAUUCAUAGGAGGAAUGCCGAUAAAAGGCUUAGGAACAGAUGUGGCGUCGGUGUUCCACCUUAUGAACUGCUCAUACCAACUUCAGAAGCCGGUGUUACUGGUAGAGGUGUACCAAAUAGCAUAUCAAUUUGAUAAGAUUCAUAAAAUUACUUUAUUUUGUAUUUUAAUUUUAUUUUACCUAUAGGAGAUCGAUCAUAAAUACGCAUUACUAUGUAUAUAUAUAAUUCAUUGUAGAACCACAAAUUUAGAAAUAGACAUAUGCUCAUUCUGUCUGA